UCUAACCACCAGUGAACAUACAAUUCCGAUAAAUUGUGUAUUAAUUAUCAAAUGAUCUAAAAGAAAUGUUCUUAGAGUGGUAUCAAUGCGUCGACAUUUAAUGAUUUGACGUGUACAAGACUAUAUAGCGAAUUAGUAUAGUUGUUACUACUUUAUGUGAGUUUGCGGUCAAAAUGUGUGCUGAGAAGAAGGCAGAAAAUUCGGUAGUGAAAAUCAAUAAAUGGGAUGGGGCUAUGGUAAAAAAUGCAUUAGAUGAUGCAGUUAAAGAUGUACUUACGAAACAGUACAAUUACAUAGAGAACUUUGCUUUAUUUGAUGGAAGAUUAGCUAUAUGUACAGUUGCUGUACUGGUUUCAUUUAUUGCCCUCACUUUCGAUUAUUUAUUUCCUUUUCCUGCUUCCAAACAUGUUAUAGCUACUUGUGUUUCAAUAUAUUUCUUUACAAUGGGUCUCUUAUCCCUAUACACAACAUACAAGGAAAAGGGCAUAUUUGUUGUAGCUAUUGAAAGAGAUCCAGCAGGUUUUAAUCCUGACCUUAUUUGGGAAGCAAGUUCAUAUUUAAAAAAGCAUGAUGACAAAUAUAAUCUUGUAUUGUCUGUUAGAAGUGCAGCCACAGGAAAUGUACAUGAAACUACCAUUACAAAAUCUGUUGCAAAUUUUAUUGAUGUCAAUGGGGUUGUUAUUCCAGAAUUAAUAGAAAAUGUUGUGACAAAUAUGCACGAUAGCUUAACCAGUCAGCGUAAAGAAAAAUAGCAGGAAAAAUGACAUUUGAUUAAACGCGAUCAUUGUCUCCUUCUUUAUAAUUCACAAAAUAAAUGUUUUUUUCACAUCCCAUAUAUUUCAUAUUAAUGUAGAUUUGUUUUGAGGAUAAAAG